AUGAGUUACGAACUCGGCGGCUACGAGAAGCCGUCGGAGCGGUCGAGAUGGACGCCCCUCACUCGCAUGCUGCUGUCGGGCGAGAUGACGCAGGAACGACAGGUCGACCUGACGGCGAGGGAGAAGCUUGACCGAUGGAUGAUCAACGAGGGCUACCGGCGAGUCUUCGUCUUCGUCUUCAUGAUCGCGCACGCGCUCAUCUUCUCGUUCGCCUGCGUCCACUACGCCGUCAAGGACAGCCUGCAGGGCGCCCGAGACCUCUUCGGCUUCACCUACACCGUCGCUCGCUCGUCGGCCGUGGUGCUGCACGUCGACGUGGCCAUCAUCCUCUUUCCCGUCUGCCGGACGCUCAUAUCGAUGCUGCGCCAGACGCCGCUCAACGGCAUCAUCCAGUUCGACAAGAACAUCUCGCUCCACAUCAUCACGGCCUGGUCCAUCGUCUUCUUCUCGUGGGUCCACACCGUCGCCCACUGGAACAACUUUGCCCAGGUGGCGGCCAAGAACAAGCUCGGCUUCUACGGCUGGCUGCUCGCCAACUUUGCCAGCGGCCCCGGCUGGACGGGCUACGUGAUGCUCGUCGCCCUCAUGGGCAUGGUGCUGACGUCGGUGGAGAAGCCGCGGCGGGCCAACUACGAGCGCUUCUGGUACACGCACCACAUGUUCAUCCUCUUCUUCUUCUUCUGGUCGCUGCACGGCGCCUUUUGCAUGAUCCAGCCCGACGUGGCGCCCUUUUGCGCGAGCGUCGGCGCCUCGGCCGUCGGCGUCUUCUGGCAGUACUGGAUGUACGGCGGCUUCGUCUACCUCGCCGAGCGCGUGGCCCGCGAGCUCCGCGGUCGGCACAAGACGUACAUCUCCAAGGUGAUCCAGCACCCGAGCCAGGUGUGCGAGAUCCAGAUCAAGAAGGAGCACACGAGGACGCGGGCCGGCCAGUACAUCUUCUUCUGCUGCCCGGCCGUCUCGCUGUGGCAGUACCACCCCUUUACGCUGACGAGCGCGCCCGAGGAGGACUACAUCUCGAUCCACAUGCGCUGCCAGGGUGACUUCACCAUGGCCGUCUCCCAGGCGCUCGGCUGCGAAUGGGGCCGCAAGGGGGACGCGAGCAAGGUGGUGGGCGUCGACGGCGACGGCAACGGCAGCGGCAGCGGCAACGGCAACGGCAACGGCGUCGACCCGGCGCUGCGGCGCAUCCUGCCGCGCGUCUACAUCGACGGCCCCUUUGGCUCGGCGUCGGAGGACGUGUUCCAGUACGAGACGUCGAUCCUCGUCGGCGCCGGCAUCGGCGUGACGCCGUUUGCGUCGAUCCUCAAGUCGAUCUGGUACCGCAUGAACUACCCGCAGAAGAAGACGCGGCUGCGCAAGGUCUACUUUUUCUGGAUCUGCCGCGACUUUGGCUCCUUUGAGUGGUUCCGAUCGCUGCUGCUCGCCGUCGAGGCGCAGGACGUGGAGAACCGAAUCGAGAUCCACACGUACCUGACGGCCAAGAUCAAGGCCGACGACGCGACCAACAUCAUGAUCAACGACGCCAACGCCGACAAGGACACCAUCACGGGCCUGCGAAGCCCGACAAACUUUGGCCGCCCGAACUGGGACAUGAUCUUUCGCGGCGUGCGGAAGCUGCACUGCCCCGGCGAGGCCGGCGUCUUCUUCUGCGGGCCCAAGGGCCUCGGCAGCGCGCUGCACGUGUACUGCAACAAGUACACGGAGCCCGGCUUCUCGUACGUCUGGGGCAAGGAGAACUUUUAG